CGGCGGCGGCGGCGGCAGCGGCGAGCAGUUGAUCAUUGUGAUGGUGGCAGGAGCAGCGGCGGCAGCGGCAGCCCAGCCGAGCGUUAGGCGCUGCUCUCCGCGCGGCGUUUUGCAAAGGACUUCACCGAUCUACUUUUGCAGUCGCCUCGGACUGUCCAUGUGUUUACUUCCCCCAGCCCGAGGAUUCGAUAUCUAGGUUCCUGUGAAAUGCAACUGAGCAGCCAAAGUACUUUGAGAACACGGGGCGGCAUAAACACCAAAACUUUUUUGUGGAAGGAAAAUGCAAUAAGCAAGCUUGCCGUUUUCCGAUGCGGUGUGGAGUGAGUGUGUGUCGCGCGUGUCCGCACUGGAGGCAUAUGCUUGUAUGUGUACAUGGGGUGUGUUUUUCGGUACGUAGGGAGAAAAUGCUUGCCAACCACCGGAAAUCUCCUGGAAUUUAUUAGAAAAUAAUGGAUUAUAAAAAGAAGGCAGGCAAGGAGCGGAUCUCCCCUUGAGUUGCAACCCGAUUUGCUGCUGGCUCAGUUUGUUGUGAUUCUUUUUGUUGAUAGGUGUCUGAUGGUAUUCUGAUAACAACCCCCUUUUUUUUCCCCCUCCAGCUUUACAGUUUAAAAAAAGGAAACAAAAAAACCACCCUAAAAUCUCUCCCCCUUUUUUUCGCCCCGGCGGGAUCGCUGUUUCCAUCCAUGUGCUUGCGUCUCCCCCGCGUUCCACUUAAACUAUUUUAAUCCUUGGACCCAAGGAGGAGGCUGAUAGGGGGGUGGAUAAAAAAAGUUCUUCCAAAAUAGUGUGCCCGGGGAGCAGGAUGGGGGAUUUCGCAGCCCCCGCUGCUGCCGCGAAUGGCAGUAGUAUUUGCAUCAACAGUAGCCUGAACAGCAGCCUCGGCGGGGCCGGGAUCGGUGUGAAUAAUACUCCCAAUAGUACUCCUGCUGCUCCGAGUAGCAGUCACCCCGCUGCCGGCUGCGGCGGCGGCUCCGGGGGCCCCGGCGGCGGCUCGGCGGCCGUCCCCAAGCACAGCACCGUAGUGGAGCGGCUCCGCCAGCGCAUCGAGGGCUGCCGGCGGCACCACGUCAACUGCGAGAACAGGUACCAGCAGGCUCAGGUGGAGCAGCUGGAGCUGGAGCGCCGGGACACCGUGAGCCUCUACCAGCGGACUCUGGAGCAGAGGGCCAAGAAAUCCGGCGUCGGCAGCGGCAAGCAGCAGCACCAGAGCAAACCCCAGCAAGAUGCGGAGGCUGCCUCGGCGGAGCAGAGGAACCACACGCUGAUCAUGCUCCAAGAGACUGUGAAAAGGAAGUUGGAAGGAGCCCGAUCACCACUUAAUGGAGACCAGCAGAAUGGUGCUUGCGAGGGGAGUUUUUCUCCGACUAGCAAGCGAAUACGAAAGGACAUUCCCCCAGGGAUGGAAGCCAUCAACAAUUUGCCCAACAACAUGCCACUGCCUUCAGCUUCUCCUCUUCACCAACUUGACCUGAAGCCUUCUCUGCCCUUGCAGAAUAGCGGAACUCAUACUCCUGGGCUUCUGGAAGAUCUAAGUAAGAACGGUAGACUCCCAGAGAUUAAACUUCCUGUCAAUGGUUGCAGUGACCUGGAGGAUAGCUUCACGAUCUUGCAGAGCAAGGACCUCAAACAAGAACCUCUAGAUGACCCUACUUGCAUAGACACAUCAGAAACAUCUCUUUCAAAUCAAAACAAGCUGUUCUCAGACAUUAACCUGAAUGAUCAGGAAUGGCAAGAAUUAAUAGAUGAAUUGGCCAACACGGUUCCUGAAGAUGACAUACAGGAUCUGUUCAAUGAAGACUUUGAAGAGAAGAAGGAGCCAGAAUUCUCCCAGCCGGCGACUGAGACCCCACUCUCCCAGGAAAGUGCAAGUGUGAAGAGUGACCCCUCUCACUCUCCUUUUGCACACGUCUCCAUGGGAUCUCCUCAGGCGAGGCCUUCUUCUUCUGGUCCUCCCUUUUCUACUGUCUCCACAGCCACUAGUUUACCUUCUGUUGCCAGCACUCCUGCAGUUCCAAACUCCACCAGCUCACCAGCAAACUGUGCUGUCCGGUCCCCUCAAACUCCAAACCAAGCCCACACUCCAGGCCAAGCUCCACCUCGGCCUGGAAACGGUUAUCUCCUUACUCCAGGAGCAGUGACGGUAGCCAGUUCAGGGUCGGGCCCUGUGGCUGUGCCCAGCUCCGACAUGUCUCCAGCGGAGCAGCUCAAACAGAUGGCUGCACAACAGCAGCAAAGGGCCAAACUCAUGCAACAGAAGCAGCAGCAGCAACAGCAGCAGCAGCAGCAACACUCAAAUCAGACUUCAAAUUGGUCUCCUUUAGGGCCUCCAUCCAGUCCAUAUGGAGCAGCUUUCACUGCAGAAAAACCAAAUAGCCCAAUGAUGUACCCCCAAGCCUUUAACAACCAAAACCCUAUAGUGCCUCCAAUGGCAAACAACCUGCAGAAGACGACAAUGAAUAACUACCUCCCUCAGAAUCACAUGAAUAUCAUCAAUCAGCAGCCAAAUAACUUGGGCACAAACUCCUUAAACAAACAGCACAAUAUUCUUACUUAUGGCAACACUAAGCCUCUGACCCAUUUUAAUGCAGACUUGAGUCAGAGAAUGACACCACCAAUGGCCAACCCCAACAAAAACCCCUUGAUGCCAUACAUCCAGCAGCAGCAGCAGCAGCAGCCACCACAGCAGCAGCAGCCGCCAACACAGCUCCAGGCUCCCAGGGCACACCUGAGUGAGGACCAGAAACGCAUGCUUCUCAUGAAGCAGAAAGGAGUGAUGAAUCAGCCCAUGGCUUACGCUGCACUUCCUUCCCACGGUCAGGAGCAGCACCCCGUUGGGCUUCCCCGGACCACAGGCCCCAUGCAGUCCUCCGUGGCCACAGGCUCAGGCGGCAUGGUCUCCGGAGCAAGUCCCGCGGGUCCCAGCUUCCUGGGCAGCCAGCCACAGGCAGCCAUCAUGAAGCAGAUGCUCAUUGAUCAGCGGGCCCAGCUGAUGGAACAGCAGAAGCAACAGUUCCUGCGGGAGCAGAGGCAGCAGCAGCAGCAGCAGCAGCAGCAGCAGAUUCUGGCCGAGCAGCAGUUGCAGCAAACACAUUUACCCCGGCAGCACCUCCAGCAGCAGCGGAAUCCGUACCCCGUGCAGCAGGUCAAUCAGUUUCAAGGUUCUCCCCAGGAUAUAGCAGCCGUGAGAAGCCAAGUAGCCCUCCAGAGCAUGCGAACAUCACGGUUGAUGACACAGAACACAGGCAUGAUGGGAAUGGGACCCUCCCAGAACCCAGGGACAAUGGCCACAGCAGCAGCCCAGUCAGAGAUGGGACUGGCACCUUAUAGCACCACGCCUACCAGCCAACCAGGAAUGUACAGUAUGAGCACAGGAAUGACCCAAAUGUUGCAGCACCCAAACCAAAGUGGCAUGAGCAUCACACACAACCAAGCCCAGGGGCCGAGGCAGCCAGCCUCCGGGCAAGGGGUUGGGAUGGUGAGUGGUUUUGGUCAGAGCAUGCUGGUGAACUCAGCCAUUCCCCAGCAGCACCAGCAGAUGAAAGGGCCAGUAGGCCAGGCCCUGCCAAGGCCCCAAGGCCCACCAAGGCUGCAGAGCAUUAUGGGAACGGUCCAGCAGGGAGCACAGAGCUGGCAACAGAGGAGCUUACAGGGGAUGCCUGGAAGGACUAGUGGAGAAUUAGGAGCAUUCAACAAUGGUGCCAGCUACCCACUUCAAGCUGGCCAGCCGAGGCUGACCAAGCAACACUUCCCACAGGGGCUGAGCCAGGUCGUGGACGCUAACACUGGCGCCGUGAGAACCCUCAACCCAGCUGCGAUGGGUCGGCAGAUGAUGCCGCCGCUUCCGGGGCAGCAAGGCACUAGCCAGGCCAGGCCGAUGGUCAUGUCUGGCCUAAGCCAGGGCGUCCCUGGCAUGCCAGCAUUCAGCCAGCCCCAAGCACAGCAGCAGAUGCCCAGUGGCAGCUUUGCCGCAGGCAGCCAGAGCCAAGCCUAUGAACGGAACCCCCCUCAGGACGUGUCAUACAAUUACAGUGGCGAAGCAGCUGGGGCUUCCUUCCCUGGCCUCUCGGACAGUGCAGACCUCGUGGACUCCAUCAUCAAAGGCGGGCCAGGGGAUGAGUGGAUGCAGGAGCUUGAUGAAUUGUUUGGAAACCCCUAGUCAAGAGGGGCCCCAGGAGCCACAACACUAGUGGUUAAAGCUUAAAACGUGAAAAAGAAACAGGAUGUUGACCCAUCCUUGUUUUUUGUUUUUUUGACCCACGUAAACUGAGCAAAACUGCAGCUGGCUGACCGUGGAAGACCCAGGUGCCAAUCCACAGCCCCGCGGGGCCUCAUUUCACCUGAUUUCCACACAGCAAUCGAGACGAGAUGCCAUGCAGAUCCCUGCUGCAAGAGAGGGAGACACACCAGAGGCAGGUGGGGAAGACGAAUCUGAAGCCCCUCUGCUCGGCACUCCCAGUGAUCGCCUGGCCCAGCAAGAGCUGCGCCAGCCAAGACGGACUGCUGCCCAAGGUGAGGUAUCCGUCUGCCCCUCCCGGCCCAGGUCCGGAGACUGCAGCUUGGGAGACACAAAAGAGACAGAGCCUCCGGCCAGGGAGAGGCUCCCUCCCACCAAGGCUGCUGGGUGGUUGCACAGGCCAAGAGCACAGGUCAGAAAUGCGCUGUACUCGGGCUGGAAAGAGAUGUCAGGCUUCAAGACAUGCUACUGUAUUUGGAGGGUAGACACAAAGAACAGUGAGAUGUCACAGGGAGACUACAAAGGAUCCUACGUGUGUCUCCUGCCCCAUGAUGACCCUCAGGAAUUUUAGAGGAUUUGCCAUCGGCUGCCUCACAAGGACAGCCAAGUGAGCUUGGAGACAAUCCCUCCGGCAGUCCUGUGGGACAGCCCUCUGCUGGUGACCGUGGUGGCCAUCACUCCAGGUAGUUGGGCUGGAGCCUCCUGGGGGCCCAGACAACAUCUAUACGUCUAGGCAGCUCCCGUCUACUUCCGGCU